UCGUUUGCAUAGAAAGCCCCACCUCCGGCUUUGCAGGACGUCAGCGAGGACUGCAGGGGCCCGAGCCUCCGCCGCCGCCUGCAGCCCGGCAGCCUCUCCUGGGGCCCGAUCGCCAGCUCAGUCGCCAGUGUCGCCGUCGCCAGCGUCGUCUCAGCUCGGAGCGGGCAAGAUGGCGUCGGCCACAGACUCACGCUAUGGACAGAAGGAGUCCUCAGACCAGAACUUCGACUAUAUGUUCAAGAUCCUGAUCAUCGGGAACAGCAGCGUGGGCAAAACCUCAUUCCUCUUCCGCUACGCGGACGACUCCUUUACGCCGGCCUUUGUCAGCACGGUUGGCAUAGACUUCAAGGUCAAAACCAUCUACCGCAACGACAAGAGGAUCAAGCUGCAGAUCUGGGACACAGCAGGCCAAGAGCGGUACCGCACCAUCACCACAGCCUAUUACCGGGGCGCCAUGGGCUUCAUCCUGAUGUAUGACAUCACCAACGAGGAGUCCUUCAAUGCAGUGCAGGACUGGUCUACUCAGAUUAAAACGUACUCAUGGGACAAUGCCCAGGUGCUGCUGGUGGGAAACAAGUGUGACAUGGAGGACGAGCGAGUGGUGUCGUCAGAACGUGGCCGGCAGCUGGCUGACCACCUGGGGUUUGAGUUUUUUGAGGCCAGCGCCAAGGACAACAUUAAUGUCAAGCAGACCUUCGAGCGUCUGGUGGAUGUGAUCUGCGAGAAGAUGUCGGAGUCGCUGGAGACCGCUGACCCUGCGGUCACGGGCGCCAAGCAGGGCCCCCAGCUCACCGACCAGCAGGCACCUCCUCACCAGGACUGCGCUUGCUGAGCCACCCCACCCGCCAGGGGCAACUCUCCCCUCCCUAUCACCCUAUUUAUUACCGUAGCUAUUUAUUUAUUUAUUGAGGAUGUGCCCUGAGCGCACCCCUUCUCUGCCCUGUACAUAUCCCCACCUCCGCUCUGCUGUGGUGUAUUGUGGUCACUGCUCCCCCUCCUUUUAAGAGCCCCCCAUUUUUGUUUUUGUAAACCACCCCACCCACAGUUGUCGGUUGUGAAGGGACCAGAUGUCACUCUGCAGCAGGCUGAGG